CCCGUCAUCAUCCGGAACCAAAAACGCUGAGAAAGCUUUAAAACCUGCGUUUCGAGGACUCCUCUCUUCCUCAACAAGCCACGCAGAUCCGCGGAGCUCCGAUCUCGCUCUCACUAUUCCUCCGAUGCCUUCGUGUUCGCAAUGCCGUUGCUGUUGAUUAAUUGAGCGUCGUCGAGUUAUUAUCUCGAAUUUGGCUGUGAAUAUUGUAGAGAGAGAGAGAGGCAGAGGAGGAUAGGGAGCUUUGUAGAUGGGGGCUGUGCCUUCUACGCCAGGCAGUACUACCGCUGCGCGGCCGCAGGACACGGCGGAGUACCUGAUCGGGACUUUCGUCGGCGAGAAAUCAUUUCCUAUCGCCUCUGAUUUCUGGGAGAAGCUGCUGGAGCUUCCUUUCAACCUCCACUGGCCGCCCCACCGCGUCCUUCAAGCUUGCGAGGUUUUCGCACAGAACAACUAUUAUACAAGGCAUCUUGCAAAGAUUUUGGUUCACUUAGCAUGGUGUUUGCAAGAGUGUGUUUCUGCUUCUGUUGUGCCACCAUCUGCUUAUUAUAAGGCUAUUAACGCUACAUACAUCUCAUCUGUGUUUCUGAAGUACUUGAUUGAAAAUGCCAAAAAUGAUACUUUCGAGGAACUAUAUCUGUCCCUUGAUGAGAGUGAAGCAGUACCAAGUAAUUUCUCACGAGAUCAAAAUAUUGAAAAUCUUGUUAUGCGUACUGUGCUUGGCUUUAUAGGCAAAGUAGAUGUAAGCCCCAACACAUAUCUUCUACACCAUGAACUGCUUAACUUCAUUCUAGUGGCUAUGUCAACUCAACUCCUAUCUGGACCAUCACCAGGACCUAAUGAUGUUCACCCAUUCAUCGAUGCGGCCAUGGUUCAGGAGAUCCCUUUGGUUGGCUUGGUUGUUCGCAGAUUGCUACUUAAUUACAUCAUGCAACCUCGAUUUGCCUUAAACACUGCAUCUUAUGACAUGUUUUCUGAAGGAAAUCAACCCAGUGUUCUACAGAGAGUUGGUUCUGUGGCUGCAAGUUUUGUUCUAUUGCCAUUUAAUUACUUUGUCAAUUCAAGUCGUGAAGCUACCAGAAGUCCGUUGGCAGCCAGCAGUCUUCACAUGUUCCUUAUUCUCAUUCAUUAUCGGAAACGUGUUUUGGAGAAGACAUUGAGAGAUACAAGUAAUAACAGUGCCAGUUCAGAUUUACUCUUGAAAGAAAGUUCAUAUUUUUCUGAAAACCCUUACUGCAAGGCUUUAGAAAAUGCUAGGGAUAUCGAAUUUGAUCGCGUUGACAUCGAAGGCAGUACCCGCAUUGGUCCACUUGUGAGAGUAUCUUUUGCAUCCCUUUUUGAUACUCUUGGCAUGUACUUGGCAGAUGAGGCUGCUGUCUUGCUGCUUUACUCACUGGUGCAUGGUAACUCAGAUUUUCUGGAGUAUGUUUUGGUGCGAACAGAUUUAGAUACACUGUUGAUGCCCAUGUUGGAAACACUUUAUAAUGCUUCAAAGAGGACAUCCAAUCAAAUCUACAUGCUGCUCAUUAUCCUUCUAAUACUCAGUCAGGAUUCUUCUUUCAAUGCCAGCAUCCACAAACUGAUACUGCCAACUGUUCCAUGGUACAAAGAACGGCUCCUCCAUCAGAUUUCUCUUGGUUCCUUGAUGGUCAUAAUUCUGAUAAGGACUGUGAAGUAUAACCUGUCCAAGUUACGGGAUGUUUAUCUCCAUACAAACUGCCUUGCAACUUUGGCCAACAUGGCACCGCAUGUCCACCAUUUGAGUGCAUAUGCAUCACAGAGGCUUGUUAGUCUUUUUGAUAUGCUCUCACGCAAGUACUCAAAAUUAGCAGAGCUGAAAAAUGAUAAGAUGCAUAUAACGAAUGUUGAAUCAAGAGGAGACAGCCUUCCAGAAGACCCAUCAACAGAAUUGCAUAUUUAUACCGACUUUCUAAGAAUCGUUCUGGAAAUAUUAAAUGCAAUUCUGACUUAUGCUCUGCCACGUAAUCCUGAGGUUGUAUAUGCAAUUAUGCACAGGCAGGAGGUCUUCGAACCUUUCAAGAGUCAUCCACGCUUUAAUGAGCUGCUUGAGAAUAUUUUCACUGUCUUAGAUUUUUUCAAUAGCCGCAUGGAUGCCCAAAGAAUGGCUGGUGAAUGGUCAGUGGAGAGAGUCCUCCAAGUCAUAAUCAUAAAUUGUAGAUCUUGGCGUGGGGAAGGCAUGAAGAUGUUUACUCAAUUACGCUUUACGUAUGAACAAGAGAGUCAUCCUGAGGAGUUCUUCAUUCCUUAUGUGUGGCAGCUUGUCAUGGCUCGCAGUGCAUUAAACUUCAAUCCCAGUAGCAUAAACCUAUUCCCAGUUGAUGUGCCUUUAGAGGAAAGUUAUCCAGGGAUUGAAGCAGACGACCAUCAAAAUGGUGACCUAGCAGCGGUGUUAUAGAUCAUUACCCAGCCGAAUGAUCAUGUUUUUCUCUGGAUGUAUGUCAUCUGUGUAUAUAUAUAAAUGUUAGAUAAUGCAUUCUUAUCAUUCUUUUAUGUUUAUAUAUCUGAGAUACUGCAGAGGCCUUGUUUUGUGUAUAGUUGACUUUGUGUUACCACCUGAAUAAAAAAUAAGAAGCUUGGUCCGAGUCAGUAUAAAACAGAA